UUUGACAUGCAAUAGAAUAAAAAUCACGUCAACUUUUAUUUCGAAGUGAUACUACUAAAGCUGCGAGCUGGCUGGAUGCAGGGAUUUUCUGUCUGAAUUACAUGGAAGCAGGCAGAUAACGUGAACACUGCUGGAAAAUAAACAUGGAUUUAGCAUUAAAUGAUAAUUAAAGACAACGGCGCUUUCCUGUUGAAAUUAGUUUGCAUUUUAAGUGCAAGCAACGGCUUGUUUCUCCCUCGGACGACUGGACCUGGCUCCAAAUAUCAGAUUGCCACAGUGGUGAGGAAGCUAGCUGUCAAGUUGUAGCCAACUAGCCACAUCAGCACCGCUGAGAUUAGCUAGCCACGUUAGCAACAAUAGAUUUAAUUAUGGCAGACAGUAUCAUGAGCAAGGCUGCUACCAUGGAGAUCCCCAUUAACAGCAAUGGAGAUACAGGGAAUCUGCCAGAGGAUGACAGCCUAGAGCAGGAUUUGCAGCAGGUGAUGGUGUCUGGACCCAACCUGAAUGAAACCAGCAUUGUCUCAGGCGGUUAUGGAGGACCUGCAGGGGGCAUCAUUCCUACCAGCACCAUCAAAGGGCCUGCAGUUCGCUUCAACCCUGAGUAUCUGGACAGAAGACGAGCCCCUGCACCAGGACCAGACAUUCGCAUGAAAUCCAGAGGUGUCGGCUUGCCUAAAAGUCAAUCUGCAGCCAGUCGACUUGCCCAACACACAGACCUGCAUCCAGGGUCAUCAAACAAUAACACUGGCAGUUCAACUGAAGAAGUUUCUCGAGGUGUGGCAGUGGAGAAAUUGGACAGUGUAAAGAAAUGGGGCAUAAACACAUACAAGUGUACAAAGCAGAUGUUCUCAGAGAGGUUUGGCAGAGGUUCAAGAACAGUAGACCUGGAACUGGAAGCUCAGAUUGACGUGUUAAGAGAGACCAAGAGCAAGUAUGAAAACAUCCUUAGAUUGGCCACUGCACUCACUACUCAUUUUCAAAGCAUGGUGCAGACACAACAGGCUUUAGGAGACACAUUCACCGACCUCAGCCAGAAGUCCCCAGAGUUGCAGGACGAGUUUGGGUAUAAUGCAGAGACACAAAAGCUGUUGUGUAGGAAUGGCGAGGCCCUGCUCGGUGCCAUUAACUUCUUUGUGUCCAGUGUCAACACCCUGGUAAACAAAACAAUGGAGGAUACUCUGUUGACCAUUAAGCAGUAUGAAAAUGCAAGACUUGAGUUUGAUGCCUAUCGUUCUGAUCUGGAGGAGCUGAGUUUGGGCCCUAGGGAUGCAGCUGCCAUGGUCCGCAUUGAGAUGGCUCAGCAUGACUAUCAGAUCCACAGAGACAAAUAUGAAAGGCUGCGUAGUGAUGUCACCAUCAAGCUUAAAUUCCUGGAGGAAAACAAGGUGAAGGUUAUGCACAAACAGCUGCUUCUCUUUCACAAUGCUAUCUCAGCUUACUUUGCUGGCAACCAGGAGCAGUUGGAACAAACUUUGAUACAGUUCAAUGUAAAGUUAAAGCCCCCAGGAUCAGACAAGCCAUCCUGGCUGGAGGAGCAGUAAAGAGCGCUCAGGGUUCAGCUGUAUAGUGACGAACCAGUCAGAGAAGAACUUGGCAUUAUGGUUAGAUGGACAAGAUUGCAGCGCAUAAAUUAUAGGACUGAUUGGGCCAGUGAUAAAGAAAAACAUGAGAUAUCUCUUUUGUAAUGUUUUUCAGUAUCACUUAUUACGUAGAUGGUACAACAAUUUCAGUUGUAUUUAGAAUCUUUUUGUUAAGUCACAAAAUUACCUUUUGUUACUUUCUUAUUCUUUAGGUAGCACAAUCAUUUACAUGAAUAUCACUUCUUAUUUAUGUACAGUAUAGUCUACUGUUGUGGAAAUACCCCUUGGCAGUUUUGCACAUGCAUUAUUUUGUUGUUUUUCAAUGUUGUCUAAAGCGUUAUCUUGUAUUUCAGAGUAUAUUACAUUGAAGGAAUUCCGCAAAUGAGAUUAGCAAGUCAGUGGGAUAAUGUCAAAAAUGUUCUGGAAUGUCCUCUGAAAUUGUACUUAUGUUUCUUGAGUAUGCAUGACUGAACCGUAUUCUUUGAAUUUAGUUUAAGAGAUUUAAAUCAGAGACAUCAGGAUACAAGUUCUUAAAGUUAUCCCACUUUGCUUCUAAUACCGCCUUGUGGUAUACCUGCCUGAACAGUCGGUUUACACUUCACAUGCAUAAAAGGGAUAAUAUUAUAUUUUGAAUAUUGAGAUUUUCUCUAACCUAAUAUCCAACCCAUAAUUAGUUUGAAUCUCCUGAAAUUUGGGUAGCUACAGAUAUGUCCUCCUGCAGCACAGUUACAAGUGUCUCUCUUGUUUACACAUGGAAACAAGCCUCAAAAACAGAUGUUACACUCAGUAACAUAGAAUCAAUUCAUAUAUCAGAUGCUUUGAUGAAUACAGACAUCUGAACUAUCAUAAAGAAAUCAAAAUGCAACAGAUUGCCAGUGUUUGAUUGACUAUGUUUUAAUAGGAGGCGUGAGUGUGCAACUAAAGACAGCCUUUGAGACUCACUCUUGAAGUCUCAAAAUCAAACAGUGGAAAUACUGGAUACAUGUGAUACAACAUGCACUCUAGGUUAUAGAACAACUUUCAGUGUCUCUUCAAGGACAGAAUGUAUGAGUACAUUUUUUCUUACUCUGUGUUAUUUAUUUACCAAUCACUUUGUGACACAACAUUGUAUGUUAUGUAUAUUUCUUUUAAAAUCUAGUCCGCUGAUUGUCUUUGUCUUGUUCUGCAUUUCCAAUAAAUCUGCUGGAUGUUUUGUUUCACUUAA